AUGCAAAUUAAUGUUAAACAAUCUUCAAAGAGUAGAAUAUUACUAUCAAUGAUUGAAAAUUAUUAGAAAUCUCCUGAUGAUGAAGCUUUACUUGAAGCUUCAAAAAAUAACUCAGUUGCCUAAAUUGAAAAGAGAUUCAAAAAAAGUUAAGUUAAUCAUAAAUAUGCAUUUCCAAGAAUGGAGGAAAAUAAUUAAAAGUUUAGCUCAGAAUCUCCUAUUGCAAAAUAGUUUUCACCUAAAGAAUAACCUUAAUAGAAAGACAAUUUCAAAGAUCUUUUGAAAAAAAUAUAUCUCUCUAAUCAAAACAAAAAUUCAAGAAAAACUUAACUUAAUUAAGAAUUUAUCAAAUAAUAAUAUUCCAUAUUGCAGAAAUCUAAUCAUAAAUCCUUUUAGACAGCAAAUAAAUCAAAUUUAUAACAUUCCUUAAGUUAAAAUAGACUUUUAACAGAUGUAGGUUUAAAAUAAAGUUAUUCUAGGGGAUAAUCCCCAGAAAAUAAAUUAUCUUAUUCAAAUCGUUAAGUUGGAACAUAGCUUUCUAAGUUUAUAAAUUAAAAUGUCAAGGAAAAACAAAGAUCUUAAUAAAAUUUUAAUUAAUAAAAUUCAUGUAGAAGUUUUGAACUAAGAUAUUAAUUUAACAAAUCCCCAUAUUCAUUACUACAAAAUAAAAGCUUUGAUUUAAUUAAAUAGCUUUCAUAAUUUUCAAGUCUAUAAAAAGUAAAAUCUAAAAAUAAUUGA